AUAAGAAAUUAGUUAAGAGGAUUUACUGUGCUCUUUCCGCCAUCUUUCUUUGCCACCAUAAUGGUGCGCAUAAAUGUCCUGGCAGAUGCUCUCAAGAGCAUCAACAAUGCUGAAAAGAGAGGCAAAUGCCAGGUUCUUAUUAGGCCGUGCUCCAAAGUCAUCGUCCGGUUUCUCACUAUGAUGAUGAAGCACGGUUACAUUGACGAAUUUGAAAUUACUGAUGAUUACAGAGCGGGGAAGAUUGUUGUGAACCUCACAGGCAGGUUGAACAAGUGUGGAGUGAUCAGCCCCAGAUUUGAUGUACAACUGAAAGAUCUAGAAAAAUGGCAGAAUAACCUGCUCCCAUCCCACCAGUUUGGUUUCAUUGUACUGACAACCUCAGCUGGCAUCAUGGACCAUGAAGAAGCAAGACGAAAAUACACAGGAGGGAAAAUCCUAGGAUUCUUUUUCUAGGGAUAUAAUAUAUAC